AUGGCGAUUUCCAAUUUUCAAAUAGCUUGCGCCAUAGCUGUGGUUGCAAUUGCUUCUUUCAUCAAUUUACCUGCUCCAAAUUUCUCACAGAGGUUAAAGGAAUGGCGGAAAAUGGGACAGUACUUUAAUUAUGAGGGGAACGCGAUAUUUUAUCAAGGUUAGAUGUGGCGCGCGAGCGUGCUUUGAUCUCGGAUCAUAUCAUGUUUUUAUGCGCACAGUCUUUUGCAUGUCAGUUGAAAAUUUACCCUGAUUUUUAUGCUGGAAUUAGAAAAAUGAUUAGAAUUUUUCAGUUAGAUUCUCGAUUUUUGUUUGAGUGCUUGGAAUGAAAAAUCGACUGCAAUUCCUUGAGCUGAAAUAAGUUUCGUCGUAAGUCGUGCGUUAGAAGGGGAUAUUUUUCAAAGACCUCUUUCAAAUUGAAUGAAAGAAGCUUUGUAUACAAGUCACUACUAGCGUGGCAAUCCCCAUCAUGUCUGGAAAAAUCAAGACCAACUUGAGGGUAAAAUACAUGGAAUUCAUGCCGAAGAAAAGCAAGAUUGAUAACUUUUAUAUUUUUCCUGGACAUCCCAAACGAGUUCGAUUUCAUCGUCACAGACGUGAAGAGGGUUUGUUAGGAUGAAAGACGCUAUUGGGCUUUAUUCACGACCUAAUUGUUUGGCGCUAUGGAACAUUUUGAUUGUUGGGUUUAGGUUUAAGUUAUGACCAAGGCUCUUGUGUUGUCUUCUUGUUCAAGAUUCUAAAUCCCCCUCUUUAAUCACCGAAGAGUACAUGGGUACUGACAACGUCCUUGGAAACCCGGUGAGAAACUUUGAGAGUAGGGGGGGUGGUUAACACUACGAUGGAAUGAUAUCCCAGGGGGGGAGGUGGGAGCAAUGCUCAAAGUCACUUGAUGCUUUGGAGGUCAGGUCAGGAGACAGCAGUGAUAUCAGUCCAUAUGAUUUUACCCUUGUUGAUAAAAACUUGUGAAUAACAAAAUUAUUUGCAGAUUUUAGAGGUUAUAAGAAAGAUGAUGAUAUUGUGGUUCUCUGCAUUCAUGGAUUUCCUACCAGUAAUUAUGACUGGUCAAAGGUAAGCUUGAUCUAUAUUUAAGACAGAAGAGGGUAAAAAAUAUUACCUUUUCUCAGUCAAGUAUCUCUUUUUGCCUUUUCUUAUUUGAUAAUUAGUUUUAUCUUUUCAAAAAAAGAUCCUACAUAAAGCUGGCAACAUACUUGGUGAUUUUAAAUGCUGAUCACAGCAAUCAGUAAAAUUUGCCAGGUGUUCAACAAUGCAGCAAUUGCAAUUUUCACUAAUCGCAGCAAUUGCAACAUAAAAUUGCUGAUAUCUGACAGGUAAGGGAGCAUUUAUUUUUGCCUGUGAUUAAAUUUGCAGCAAUCAGCAAAUGAAAUCACCAGGUAUGUAACCAGCUUUAGGCAGCUAAUCUCAUUUGCCUAACAAUCACUCAAUGUUACAUCAGGGAUAAUUAGUUAUAGCAACAUAUUGCCACUGAAAACUGAGUCAUAUUUUGAUAUCAAAACAUGGUUGCCGUAAUUCCAUUGCACCCCACUCAACUGAAAAUUUUAGCAUUAGGGCUGUUAUUUUUGCAUCUAGUAGUUCUGAAAUAAAGGUUUUUCAACAAGAACUGAUGACAUCUUUGUGAUUCUCUAAUUCAGAAAAAUUUUGCUCUAAUUAUGAAAUGUUUCAGGUUUGGGAAAAACUGAAAAGAAAUUUUGGAAGAGUCAUUGCAGCAGAUAUGCUUGGGUUAGGAUUCAGUGAUAAACCUGUAAGUAUAACAAGGAAGGCUGUCAUUUUAAAACAUGUUUAACACAGCUAGUGAGUAAAUCUUCCACGUGAGUGUUUGCACAUCAGCUCUCCUGCCUUUGCUCCUUAACUCCUUCUGCACUCUCUUCCUCCGUGUUCAACCUUUAACUCCCUUGAGUGACCAAGACAGAAUUUCUCCUUACAAUAUCUAUACAAAAUCAAGAAGACAAGUGAUGAGAACCAAGAAAAGUAUCAAUUAGGGGAUUGUUAGUUGAUCCAAUACCAAAUUCUCAGAAGUAACGUCACAUAAAUUUUAUAAUGGAUAGUACAGAGAAUUACUGAAAAGAUCAUGGGAGUUAAAGGGUCAAGUGAAGUCUUCAUAUGAAACACACCCAAAUAGUUGCAGCAGUAUAAUAUCAAGUAGUAACUAGUUGUCAGUAGUGAUUAUUGCCACACUUAGUUAAUAAGCUGACUGUGUACUCAUAUUCACUUAAUUACCAAGCGCGACAGAGAAUACACAGUAAUGGAGCAAGCCACAUUACAAGAGGCAUUUCUAGAAUAUCUUGGAAUUGCCAAAGUUCACAUUUUAGCCCAUGACUUGGGAGAUACAGUGGCUCUUGAGAUGUUAGCAAGGUAUGGAUAGUUGUAAUAUGAUUUUUUACUUAAGAUUGCACUCUAUCACCUUUUCAUGUAUUUAAUUCCUAACUUGCAUACAACUUGCAUGAGACUGCACUAUUCUGGAGUUUACUUAAUAUUAGACAGUCUGCAAGCUAAUGGUUUGAAAAUCGUACAAAGUGUAUUGACCCUUCCAAUCCAAAGAGUGAUUGGCUUCCAAUUUUUCCACACAUUGUUAUCCUUGAAUCAAACAUUCAGGUGACCAGAGUAAAGGAAAUCAUCAUCAACUAAGAAGACUCUUGAUUGUUAAACUAAUUCUCCUUGUCAGCUCCUUGUCAGCACCUCAGGAAUAUUUGGAGAACAGUAUGGAGAAUAUAAACUCUGAACUCAAAAAAGCUACUAAGAAUAAUUUUCCCAAGAUUCUUAGUGAUGGUACUUAGUAGGACCACUUCAUCAACCCUAUUGCUCCCAAGAUCUCAUCAGUAAUUCUCCUUACAUCUGCCAUUCAAUUCUUAUGAUGUGUGUAUGGAGAAUUUGAUAUUGAAUCAUCUAAUAAUCUCCUAAUUGAUACUUUUCUAUAUUCUCAUUACUUGUCUGCAUGAUAUUGUAUUGAUAUUGUAAGGAGAAAUUCUGUCUUGGUCACUCAUUGGAGCCAAAGGGUUGAGCUUGCUCUACUUGUGCAAGCAUGAACACACUAAAAAUUUUCUUUUUCAAGUUCUAUAUAUAAGAAAACUUGUUCUUGAAAUUUUGUUUCAAUGAUUAUAUCCUGGAUUCUUUGAAAAUCUUGUUCUCUUUUGUUAUACAGAUAUGGGGAAAGGAAAAAGAAAGGGUUGGAUCCAACAGAGUAUGUCAAAAUAGAAUCCCUUUGUUUAACUAAUGGAGGUAAACAGCUUCUUAUUGUCACUUGAUGUCUCAUACUGAUAUCUAGAAAUGCGCUUUGAAAAACAUAUGAAGUAUGAAGAUUUUAAAAACAAAUACAAUUAAACAAGCUAGGAACUCCUGGGAAACCCAAUAUUUAAAAUUUUAGAUUCAAGAUUACCUUUAGAUGAGGUGAUGAGAAAUUAUAAUUUCAUGGGUAAAAAUCAAUGGAUUGUGAGGAGUUUUGUUGAUUCGAUACAAAGAAGUUAUUACACGUUAUUAUGUUGUUACUAGGUUCCAAAUGUAAAUUUUUUAUUGUGAAAAUGUUACUCAUAUUUGUAUAAGUAUCAGCACAAUGAUGAUAACUUUUUACUUUUCUAAUAGAAAAAGUUCAUUUUAUUAUCAAUGCUUAACUAUUUAUUAAAUCUCUUAUUGGUUUUUUUAAUCAAUUUUAAGGUAUAUUUCCUGACACAAACUUCCCUAAAGUAAUUCAGAAGGUACUGUUUUGCUUGAAUUUUUUGUUAUUAACCCUUUAAAUCCCAGAAGUGAUCAGCAUGAAACUUCUCCCUAUAAUAUCCUUACAUUACUCAGUAACUAGGUAAUGAGAAUAUUCAAACUUAUCAGGUAGAAGUUGUUAUCCUAAUCUAGCACCAAAUUCUCAUAACUACUUUACAAGGAAAUGUAUAGCAGCUUGAGGGGAGAAUUAAUAAUUUGAUCUUGGGAGUUAAAGGGUUAAACUAAGUAUCAUUACAAUUGAAGUACUUUUAGUGGUAUAAGAUACUUGUUCAUGUUUUGAAUGUAUCGUUGUAGUUAGGGUCAAAUCCAUGGUUUGGACCUCUCAUUUCAAGACUAACAAGCUACCCAAUCUUUGCAAGAAGGUACACACAGCUAUAAGUUAGCUUCUACUUCCAAUUCAAUAUAAUUUAAGUUUUCUUAACCUAAACUUAAUGAACUCAAACCAGUACCCAUUAGAUGUAAGGAGGUUUUCACUCACCACCAUAGAGAUUCUAUAGCUGACAUUUCGAGCAGGCAAAGGGCUAGUGCUUGGAAUGUCAGCUUGAGAAUCUUUCCACGGUGGCCAAUUUACAUUAUCAACUCAAUCGAUAAAACCAUCAAAUAAUUUUUUCCAGUCUUGCCUCAGUGUUUGGUCCCGGCACACGGCCUCCUAGAGAAGAGCUAGAAGAUUUCUGGACCAUCAUGAGACACAAAGAUGGUUACCUUGUAGUACCCAGGUAAGCUCACCUGGAACUUUCAGUCUCUUUAGAGACAUCUGUCCCAUCAAGAUAAAUUGUAAAUGGAUCCAAAUACUCGAAGAGAAUAUUUCAACCAGAAAGUCUUCAAACCCAAGCUGUAUUUUGUGGAGACUGUCUUCUGAUCAGUUAUUCCUUCUAUUACCCUACUGCAAGAAGCAAAUGAGAACUCUAGAUGAAAUCUAGCUAAUUGCCUGACCAAAGCACAAUAAAAUACUUUCAUUCCAACUGACUUACAAUCCCAAAUAGAAUUCUAGGAACACCUAAUGCAAAACGAUUAGAUAUGAACGUGUUUUAAAAUGGUGUAGGCAACAGUACCUCUACCCCUUUCCAAUAUUUAUUAAAAUCCUGGAAACACUAAGAAAAGCUGCAGUUGGUUUCAGUAUUGCUUGGAGGGUGGUAUGUGCACAUGGGGAGGGGGAAAGAAGACUCAAAUAUGAGUGAGUUUUUUAACAGAUAAAGAACACAUUUGACAGCCACAGUAUUAUUAAAGGAUUAAUUUUGAAGGUGUCCUAACAAGUUUAGACCAGGAUUAUAGUAAAGAUUUGUUUUAAAAUAUUUUCUGGCUUUAAAAGAUUAUUAUUUAGAUCAGAACAGAGUAUUUAUUACUGAUGUCUGAAAUGUUCAUCAAAUAUUUUUAGGGAAAACAGUUAGUGCAUGGGGCAAAAGAAACUACUUGGUGGAUUUAGAGGAGUAAAGUUUACAAUUAAAUGCAGCCUUCUUGAUCUUUAUUUAUUGCUCUCCCAUGUUAUUUUCAGCAUUCUUCAGUACAUUAAUCAGAGGAAGGAAAACAGAGCAAGAUGGGUUGGUAUCAUGCAAACCACAACAGUGCCAGGUAACAGCAAACUGUACCUUGUUUUCAAAUUACAAUGCAUCUGUGGAGAACAGGGCCACAAAAUAAUGAAAACCAAUGAGAGGGCAGGACUGAAAUACAGUCAUGAAGACUUCAACUUGUUCAGAUCCAACCAAUCACAGAUAGCAUAAUUACAUGACUCGGAAUUCUCAAUUGAUAUGUGGAAUGAAAAUGACUGUGCAGCCAUAGGAUGUUAAUUGAUAUCAGGAUAAAACCACAGUUCUUUGGGGUACUUUCAUAUGUAGUGUGAAUUGAAUGAGUGAAUCAAUGGGGCCCUAAGCUAAUUUAGAAAAUUAUGAAUUUAAAACUUAUUUUAAAAAAUGGCAAACUUAGGUAGUGAAAGUGUUGAUCAUCAAUUUAUGUAUUGAUUGGAUGGGCAUUUCUGCCAUAAAGACACAAUUAUUUGGUCUUCUAGAACAUAGCUUUCUUCACUUUGGAAUAGUGUUUAAUUUUUAGUACUUUAAAAUGUAUUUGUUUUACAAGAAAAAAUUUGUAUUACCUGUAUUUCUCUUGUCUAUUUUUUAGUGCAUUUUAUUUAUGGACCUGCAGAUCCAAUCAAUCCUCCUCAAACACUUGUCAAAUACAGGUAAAUAAUUUUAAUAUUUGUAUUAUGUCAGUAAAUUAAAUAUUCUAUUAAUUAUUGUCUUGUGAGAGUAAAUGCUUAAACUACUAAAGCUACAUUUUGGUUUUAGUUGCAUAAACCCUUCACACCCAAACAUCAGUAUGUCCAUACUGUUCUCUAUACAUUUACUAUAAUACUGACAAGGAGAGUUUGACAGUCAAGAGCUGCCUAUGUUGGAGAUCAAUUUGUGUAUUCUCAUGAAAAUCAGUGUUUGAUUUAACUCUCUACACCCUAACAUCAGUAUGCAUAUUCUCCAUAAGUGUUCUCUACAGAUUUCCUCAGGUGCUGACAAGGAGAAUUUGUUUAACAAUCAAGAGCCUUUUUUAGUUGAUCAUUUCCUUUACUCUUGUGACCUGAAUGUUUGAUUCAGGGGUGAUAUUGUAAGGAGAAAUUAGAUGUAAGUCAGUCUUGGGAAGCAAAGGGUUCAAGGUAAUAUUGUAAGGAGAAAAAAGAUGCUAAUCACUCUUACUGUUUCAAGGGUUGUUUGUCUAGGGUGUUGCUUCCAUUAACCUGUGAUUUGUUUUUUUUUAAAGUCUAGUCUGCUUUUCGAAUAAUUUUAGAACAUCAAAUGAGAAGGAUGGUGAAUGUUCAGCUCUUUAGUGAAGUAAAGAACCAAUCUUUCUACUUAGAGCAAUUUCAUUUUAAAAAAAAAUUUUUUUCCAGGGAACUUGUUGUUAAAGGGACAUUUUCAACAAUGUCGAAGAAUAUUGGACAUUACCCACACUGGGAAGAUCCAGAUGGAUUCAUGGCAGCAUAUGAACACUUUUUAGUCAAGGUUAUUUCAGAAGAGUAAUCUUGAGUGUUUUAAGCUAAUAUUAAUAGCAGUAAUAUUUGAAUUUUUAGCAAAUGUUUUUUACAAGCUUACACAUGUGUUAUAUUGUAGGAAAUGAAAUAAUCUUGAAUUUUAAGUGUCAUAUAUUUUUACCUGAAACAAAAUUCUUAAUGAUUAUAAAAAAUUUUUGGAUC